CCGGGGUGGCGGGGACCAACCAGAAACCAAAACCAGCGAGAUUUCUUCCGGCGGAGAUUGUGGCCUUGUGGGGGGAAAACGGAGAUCGUCGGUGUAGAAGUUGCGGAGACUUUGGGUCCUGAUUUCUCUGGACUUUCAAUUGCUCCUUCACCCAUCUCUGUAAGUCGAUCGCUUUCAUUUCUCUCCUUUUCUCGUUAACCCUAAAAAAUCAAAUCAAAUUCCCGCCAAGUUCUUCUUUCUCUUUCUCCUCGUCUGAGCCGCUGGUUGCUUAACUGUACCGGAAUCCCUAUGGCUGCUUGCUGAAGCUUGUCCCUUUGUUGUUGUCCAUAAUCGUUCUCCGUUCUCUGAUUCCAUUUCCGACGAAUUAUGGUUGACGAAGACGACUACUGUUUUUUUGCUGGGUGCUUAUUUUCAUUCUCUUGCCUGAGAAAAUUCGGCUGCUUUUGCAUUUUACUUUACACGGCGGAGCGGCAUAGAAAGAUGAAGCAGAAAUUAAGGGAAAUAGGGUACAAAUUUCCUCUUUUAGCAUCAGUAAUUGCUUCGGGGUUGAUCCUUGCACGAGCAUGGCGAAGGCAUUGUAGUUUAUGGAGACUGCAUUAGAUUGCAGUCCUGCAUGGUGGUGUCCCACAAUGCAUUGUUGGUUCGGAUUGCUUAUCAUCGUGCACCACUGGUUCGCCUAGGCAUCGAGAUCUAGACAUAGAAUAGCUCGAUUAUCUUGUUUCAAUAAUGUAAGUUAGAUAGCAUCCAAUUGCUAAUUACACUUAUUGGCAUCCGGAAAGGGAAGUACAUAGCUGCCAUUAUGUUCCGGGACAAACUUGCACAGUUAGAAUUACUGUUUGUUUCUGUUACUUGUGGCAAAUUGCAUCGGAUGGCACUUAAGUGACCCUUAGUUCAGGUGUAUUGGCUUGAUCAGAUAAGCUAUAAGGAUUUGUGGUUUGUCUUAAACUUGAAACUUCAGCAACUGACUUUUUGUUAUUAGGAUUCUCUUUUACUGCCUCAAUAGGACUUAAUUUGGUUUCUGAUUUUGUAUGUUGGCUUCAGUCAAGUUUUGGUGACCAAUGGAACCGAGUGAGAGAGAGUCUGACCAAGGCUGUAAGAGGAAAAGAGCUGGUAGCACCUCCCUCCUCUAUAUUUGUGUUUUGUCCUGCCAGAUUAGUCAAGUUGAAAAAUCGCACUUAAUGUAUGUCAAAGUAUCAUGCCUUGUAUUGUUUUAGCCUGCAAUUCCUGCUUGGCUAAAGUUCCUUCAGAACCUUUAAUCAGCACCUGUGGCAUUUUUCUAUUUUAGUUAGAAUGGACUGAGUGCAGCUUUUUCUGUUUCCUCAUUGAAAGAUCAUGUAUCAAUUACUUUGUCAUUUUCACUUGUCUUUAUUGCUGUCAGUUGUAAACAAAGCAGUGAAGGUAAUUUGGUUGGAUUACUGGCCCCAUGUCAAAGAGAAAGCAUCGACAUCGGCAUCCUGAUGAUUUGGUAGGCUAUCGAGAUGGCCAUCAGCAUGACAGGAACAACAGAUCAAGGCCCGUGCAGCAGCUUGACCCUGUAGCUUUGGAGGAAGAGCUCGAUGAUCUAGAUAGAGAAAUGAGGAGGAUAAUCUCUGAGAAUCAAGCCAUUAUCGAUGAUAAUAUAGCUCUUCAGAGUGAAUUGGCACGAACGAACGAUAAGAUUCACAGGUUGGAGGAAAGGCUGCCUCAACUCCAGGCUGAAAAGGAGACCCAUAUCAGGGAGUUAAUUCACAAAGGAUUGAAGCUAGAAGCAGAGGUCCGAUCAAGGGAGCCCGUAAAGUCGGAGGUUAGGCAGUUAAGAGUAGAAGCUGAAAACUUGAGGGAUUCAGUAGAGGACUAUACUGCUAUUGAGUACAGUUUGCAAGAAGACAUUAAAGAAGUAAAAAUGGCGAACAAGUCAGUGCCUUCACUGAAAGCUGAUGUAGAUAUGAUGCACAAACAGCUUCUCGAUGCCAGAAAUACACUCGAGUGCCAGAAGAGAGCGAACCAUGAAGAAGUUCAAGAAAUGCAGCUAACUGAGAAUAAUCUCAUAUGUAUGCGUCGUGAAAUUGAGAAGCUAAGGCUUGAGCAGCAGCAGGAUGCACCAAUAGAGGAACCUAGAUAUGAUGGAGGCUUUGAAAUUAUGGAUCGAAGCUCCGAAACAAGAAAUUCUAGCAGAUAUGAUGAUAGCUAUGAAGAUGAUCCUGGGGAAUUUUACAACCAUGACUAUCUCCGACGUUGACCCCUUUUAUCAGUUUAUGCUAAUGGUUUGUUGACUUGCCACUAUAGUGAUUCCUUAACAGUGCAAGCUUCAAAAGCCAAAUUGUUGUUAGUUUGGCCUAGAAGAAUAGCCAAACGACGCCAGUUCACUAUGCAGUCGUUGCAAAGCGAGUGCAAAUGAUACACAUGGCUAAGUCUUCCUUCAUUCACCCGAGUAGUCAUGGGGAUUGAUAGUCUCGAAUGUAUGAGCCAGGUAUUCUCUAUUGAAAGGAGAAAUCAUGUUAUGGUAGUGGGUAAAAGAGAGUUAACAUUGAGCAUCUUAUAAUGGUAUGUUUCGAAGAUUGAGAUCCUUGUAUUCAUGUUGCAUAUUCCUGCUACAGAGAUUAGAAUAAAA